AUGGAUCAUCCUCCUAGUGCUCACAAACAGAGGCAGCGUCACGUACCCGACCGGGAGCGCAAGCGCGCCGCGAGGGCUUGCGAUGGCUGCCGGCGCCAGAAGGAAAAAUGCGAUGGCGGGGUUCCCUGCCGGAGGUGUAUCAGGCUGCGGAGGGAAUGUCUUUUCCUAGGCCGGCCACCUAGACUGGUUAACCAUGUUAGGGACUUGCCGGAGAACGAGUGCUUAACCCAAACGGCUCGGGGUGCGCAAUCGAUAUCCCGAGGAUCCGACUUUGCAGGAAUAGAAGAGGAGCGUUUUACAGUACUGCCACUCGGGAAUAACGCUAUACACUACUCCGGCGAGUUCUCGCACUGGAACUUCUCAAUGAGAAUUAAGAAAUGGCUCCAGCUCUGCGCAUCCGGGACUGACCAACAGUCGCGCCAGGAUACUCUGGGUGGAUUCAAGUUUAAAGAGUAUUACCGUGCUGAGGAGCUUCAAUCUUCGGAGACCUUCUCGUCUCUCUCCUCCCUGCCCCCUCGUCACAUAACCGACUUUCUCGUCCAAGUCUUCUUCACCCACGCGAGAACCAACUACUUUUACGUCGACAAGGCGUGGCUCCUCAACAAAAUUGAUUAUGUCUACUCAAACUCCGAAUCUAUAAGCCAACGUGACGCCAGCACCGUCUGCAUCAUUUUUACCGUACUCGCUAUUGGCACACAGUACGCUUACCUUGGGAGACCUGUCGAGCCUGGCAGCCACGGCCGCGGCCGCGGCCGCGACCAGGACCCAGCUGGCCCCUUCUCCGAGGACGCUAUCGGUGUUGUGUUUUACCAGCAGGCUUGCAAGCUGGUGCCCGAUGUCAUUACCCUGGCCUCCCUCGAAAGUGUCCAGGCAUGUCUGCUUAUCGGCGUUUACACCCUUCCCCUCGAUGCCUCUGGGUUGUCGUAUAUCUACUUGAAUCUAGCUGUCAGGGUCGCCAUACAAAAUGGUAUGCAUAGGAGGCACGGUGGUGAGGGACUUGAUCCUAUCGUGCGCGAGACAUGGAACAGGGUGUGGUGGACAGCGUACACUAUGGAAAGGCGCGUGGGAAUAUUUCACGGCCGACCAAUCUCGAUCGCAAGCCAGGAUGUGGAUGCGGAAUUGCCCCUCGAUAAUCCGGGCGUCCCACGGGACCCGGCAUCGAAUCAUUUGGCUGCUGUUCUGGAGACUGUACAGCUCCACGAAUUACUAGCCGAGAUAUCCAAGGAGAUAUCAGUUUUGCGACAACCGACCAUGCCUGGUGCCAUGAACACGCUUAGCCGCCUAAUCGACUUGAAGAAUGCCGUCCACAAGUGGUGGGACGAUCUUCCUGGAGAUGUCUUCUGCAAGGAGCCUACCCGACAGAGUCAGAUCCGCCGUUCCGACAUGCACCUCCAUCUCGAGUACUGCCUCGUCCGCAUGUUCACCGGGCGUCCCUUUAUCCUCCCUCGUUUCCGCUCCCGUAACAACACCGGUUCGGGGGUCAUACGUUCCCCCUCCACCGACAGCAGUACAGCAGAUUCGCGGUCAAUCCUCGCAUCGGAUUGCGUAGCAGCCGCUCUUGCCGUCGUCGAUACUUGCAAGGUCCUGAAGGAAACUAUUGGUCUCGCACGCGCCUCUUACACUGAAUUCAGCGCCUGUCGCGCCGCCCUACUGGUUAUCAUUGCGCAGUGCCUGCAGGAAAGGACAGACCGCCUGCGCCAAUACCUUGGGGACGGUCUCGCUAUGAUUAAGGUCAUGUCAGCAGGCGGCGAGUCUGCGCGCUCGGAGGCGUCCCUUAUCGAGGUGUUUGAGCGCGCCAUCUCCCGCCUAUAUCCUGUUAAUUAUAGUGUGGACUCAGAGAGCGUCUCGGAUUAUACUCGAUUUAAGCAAUGGGAGACACUCUGGCGAGGCAACUCGCCCAAUGAGCCCCAGCCACGCCCUAAUCUUGGACCUGCGAUGGCUCCCGCCUCAACAAAUUUAAGGGAGGAGGCCGCGGGGCCUACGAGAUUAGAAGCAGUUCAGCAGGCGACAUCCUCAGUUGCUAUAGAUUGGAAUUUUCCUCCCCUGCCACAGGAUUUAGAUGAGUUCUCGUCAAUGUUUGGACAAAGGGAUAAUGGCGAGAGUAAUCCAAUCGGGUCGUAUUUCAAUAAUAUGUUUACAUGA